GAGAGAGAGUCAUUUUGUGGGAGGCUGAGAAAAGAGAGGAACAGACACAUAGACACAUUUCCCAUUCCCAUUUUCUUGUCAUCUUCUAAGACUAGUUGCUACAUCACUCUCUCUCUCACACACACACACACAAACACACACAGACGCACAAAACACAUACAUAAAUACACACACUACAGGCUGUUGGAGGAGGAGAGGAGAGUGUGAUUGGCAUGUGGGGACAACACACACUCACCUACACACACCUGGAGCUGAAGAGAAACACGGACGCCGUCUCCUGACUUAUGGAAAGAGGCAUAGAGGUGACCGAGAGCGCGCGACAGCAUACGCACACACACACACACAGAGAUACAUACACACACUCACACUGACAGACAGAUGUGGUGGAAGCAGGAAGCACGCUCCAGCUGUUGGUGUGUGGUAGACUGAUUCCGCAAGAGUGAGGUGGUGGGGUGCUCAUGGCUGCCCUAUGGGGCCUGGGCUGGCUGGGUGUGAGCCUCACCCUGUUGGCCCUCGCCCCAGUGUGCCAGAGCUGCCCGCCACGCUGUGACUGUGUGGCUCAGCUCCGCUCCGUGUCCUGCCAACGUAAGCGUCUGUCGGGUGUGCCUGAGGGCAUCCCAACAGAAACCCGGCUGCUGGACCUCAGCCGGAACCGGCUACGCUGGGUGUCACCAGGAGAUCUGGCACCAUAUCCACGGCUGGAAGAAGUGGACCUCAGCGAGAACCUUAUCUCCACCCUGGAGCCCAAUGCCUUUGCCAGUCUUCAGGUGUUGCGAACACUGCAUCUUCGUGGAAACCAGUUGAAGCUGGUGCCUAUGGGUGCCUUUGCUCGCCUGUCGAACCUCACUACCCUGGACCUGAGUGAAAACAAGAUUGUCAUCCUGUUGGAUUAUACUUUUCAGGACCUGCACAGUCUAAAACGCCUUGAGGUUGGUGACAAUGACUUGGUCUAUAUCUCUCAUAAAGCUUUCUCUGGAUUGGUAGGUCUUGAAGACUUAACCAUAGAAAGAUGCAACCUGACUUCAAUCUCUGGUCAAACCCUAUCCUACCUGCGCAACCUGGUCACCCUUCGAUUACGCCACCUCAGCAUUUCUACCAUCGAAGACCAAAAUUUCCGCAAGAUGUAUGCUUUGCGUGGUCUAGAGAUAGAUAAUUGGCCAUACCUGGAAUACAUAUCCCCCCUUAGUUUCCAGGGUCUAAACUUGACAUGGCUGUACAUUACUAACUCCAAUAUUACCACAGUCCCUUCUGCUUCUUUUCGCAACCUUGUUUACCUGACAUCCCUUAACCUCUCCUACAACCCCAUAUCUGUGCUGGAACCCUGGGCAUUCAAGGAUCUUAUAAGGCUGAAAGAACUGCACAUGGUCAGCACUAAUCUGCAAACUGUGGAGCCUCAUGCUCUGGGUGGUUUGAGACAAAUUCGGGUGUUGAACCUCUCCAACAAUGAUCUGGUCACACUAGAGGAGAGCUCCUUCCAUUCUGUCAACAGCCUUGAAACUUUACGAGUAGAUGGAAAUCCACUUUCGUGCGACUGCCGGCUUCUCUGGAUUCUACAACGCAGACGCACUCUGAACUUUGAUGGGAAAAUGCCAAUAUGUGCUGCUCCACCUGAGGUACAGGGUAAUAUUCUGAGCAGUUUUCCGGACUCUGCAUUGUUUGACUACUUCACUUGUCAGAAGCCGAAGAUUCGCAACCGGAAGCUUCAACAAGUGACAGUGCGAGAGGGUCAGUUGGUAUCCUUCCUGUGCCGUGCUGAUGGGGAACCGGCACCUGCAAUCAUCUGGAUCUCACCACAACGGCGAAAGAUCACCUCGAAAAGCAGCAGCAGGAUCACAGUCUUACCAAGUGGAACCUUGGAGAUUCGAUAUGCACAGGUGACUGACAGCGGCACAUACAUUUGCAUCGCCAGUAAUGCAGGUGGCAAUGAUACAUACUUUGCCACUCUGACAGUGAAAGGACAACCAGUGGACCCUGCUCUGUUCGCCAACCGUUCUUUGUAUGCGGUGGACUUUAAUGACACUGGUCUGAACAGCACACGUGUCUUCCUUAAGUUCACACUUGACCUCACCACAAUCCUGGUGUCUACAGCCAUGGGCUGCAUCACCUUCCUGGGUGUAGUACUCUUCUGUUUCCUGCUGUUGUUCGUGUGGAGCCGCGGAAGGGGCCAACGCAAGAACAACUUCACAGUAGAGUACUCAUUCAGGAAGACAGAGGGGCCCACUACCAGUUCCACCUCUGGAGGGACCCGCAAGUUCAACAUGAAAAUGAUAUGAAACAACGCAGCCAGGGGCACCCUGGGGGAGGCAUAAACACCCAACAUAAACGCACAGCUCUGACUCGCAGUAAUAUCAGAAGACAUUUAAGGGACUAAUCUGAAUAAAUUUACCUUGAUCUUACUGCCCUUUGAAAAGAUGUUAAUGCUUCAAAUAAGUCACCCUGAUUUAAUAAGUUAAUAAGUUUCUUUUACCUUGCUUGUUUGGAUGGUUGGUUGCCAUUGUUUUAACAUAGCAUUGCUACUGCUAAUGUUAUUGUUAUGCAAAAUCUAAGCAGCACCUUAGAGCUAUAUGACCACCAACCAAUGUUACAGUUAAAGUCCAUUAAUGAAUUUAAUAUACAUUAUAGUGGUUCUAAGGAAAUUACAUGCAAAUUUAAAAAAUACUGAAUGCACAAACAACAUUUGUUAUGUUUUUAAAUUAAACACCAGUCAUGCUAUUGGCCAAACAAAAUGGCUAAAGGCAUUUGAAUCAUGAGCUUCUGAACUACAAGCCUGGCUUUCUGUCAUGUCUGCGAUUAGGUGCUGUGUAAGUUGGGACAAGCACACUGGCCGCAACACUGUGAGUGCACUGCUGCUACUGCCAUACAGUUAUUCACUUAGCAGCAUUGUACUAUAGUGGAUGUAAGCUAACAUGCAGCCAGGACCUCAGGGUCUGGUUAGGAAGCCAAACCUUGGGUACUGGCUGCACUAUUAGUGGAUAUACGAUGCCUAUACCAGGCUGGUGGAGGGAUGAUAUUGGGAUUUUUUCUCAUAUCCUCUCCACCGCCUGGCCUAGGUACACACCGAUGACCCAUAAGCCUUCAUGGGGGGAGGCUGCGGGCAUCGGGUCCGUUUGAUGUCAGACACUUGCUGUAAGUACAUGUCAACAAAUGUACACUUAAGCCAUUACCGAGCGACACCUGCACAAUACAGUUAUAGCUUUAUUUGUUUACAACACAUAGUACUAUGCAGGGGAGAUGCAAGACAUAUACAAAUUUUCAUCAGCACACUUGAGUUUUCUUGUGUUUGCAUUUCAGGGAAUGGUAAAAUAAUGAGCAGAGCUUGAUUUAUUUUUCUAUUAAGCUACUGUAUAGACCUUUGUUUUAGGUAAAUGUCAUUCAUUAGUGAAUAUGUUAAUUGAGAAGAAUGUUGUGUUCAUGGUUAUUGCCUUAGCUUUACCAUGCAUUUUCAAUUUAAUUAUGCUAAUUACUGUUGGGUUUUCUUUUGCAGGCACUAGCAGUAAUAGCAUAGUGCAAUAACAAAGAAAUCCUGGCUUACUGUCAUUUGCUUUUUAGACUUUGUAUAGGAUAAAUAAUGUAACAUAGGCAUGACUCUUUUCACUGUUAUAACGAAACAGUACUUUUUUAAAGUUAGCACAUUGAAAAACUCAAAAUAAGAAAUCAGAUCCAUACAUAAGCAAUUUCAGAUUAUUGUAUAUAACAUCAUGACAAUAGAUGUUAAUUAAACAUUAAACACAUACAUAUAGAAGAAAGGGUGAUUAGUGAUGCUAUAAUCAUCACAUAUCACCAUAAUCCCUCUUUUUCUGACUUGUUACUUUGGCGGCCAGUGUGCAAAAGUCUCUGCUUCUCCUACCCAGUCGUCAUCCCCCCAUUAAUCCCUGUUCCCGAACCCCGACUGGGUCUCAAUGAGAGAGGGGUCCCUGGCUGGAGACCAUGGAUGUAAAUGAAUAUCAUGACACCCAUCUAACCCAUGUGUAUUUGACUGUAGAAGGUAUUUCUUCCUUUAUGUUUUCAGUUUGUAUGUGUUUUGUACUUUUUAUUCUUUUCAUUUUUAAUGCUUUGUUUUUAAUUACUGGUUAUUGUACAGAUGUUCAUGUUAAUGAUCUGAAGGAUGAUCUGUUCUCAAUACUACUAUGUUUCGUUUGUAGCUUUGGUGAGGUAAGAGGGUAAAAUAUGAAAAUCAAGCUCCUGGGUUCCUUAGUUAAAUCUUGAGUUUGGAUUAUUGUCUCUGUGGAGAUUUGCAUGCUUUACAUGUCACUCCAGUUUCUCAGCUUUCGUCCCGACUCCCAAAAACAGGAGCCGGUAGGUGGAUUGGCUAUGCUACAUUGUCUCUAGUGGUGUGUGUGCUCUCCCUCCAGGGUUUAUUCCUGCUUAAUACCCAGUGUUACUCGGGCUCCACCACCACCCUGAAAAAGAUAAAUCAAUUACUGAAAAGUAUUGAACAAACAAAUGAAUAAAUGAAUGACUAAACGAAUGAAAGUCUUCAAUUGGUCUCAGGCUCUUCUGCCAAAAGUCAUUUGAGCUGUGACACUGAAACUAAUGACAGUCUUUACCUAAAAUGUGGUGUUGAGAACAGAUUAACAAACCAGAGCCAUGAGUAGAAUGCUUCUUCUAGGUAAACUCUUUUGCCGCCUCAUUUCUCUACCAUAUUUUGCUAAUCUGCAACGUAGCUUAAUGUUCUCAGACCUCACCAACAUCAUCAGCAAUGCAAUAGGAUGAAGUGUGUACAUCAUCAGUACAGUCGAUGUUGUCCUUUUGGCCUGUGACCUGUUUCGAUGUUGUUCGUUCGUUCGGUUGUACAACCAGAUUCGUUUAUUAGCUUUUUGUUAGCGUUAGCUACUAGCCGUGCAGUCAGUCACUGUGUUUAGGUGUGGUGUGGUGGUGGACGGUGAGAAAGGAGGCUCAGCCGGGGAUGUGACUCCAAGCUUUCCCGGCAUCGUGUGACCCCGUAUAUCCCCACCCAGUUUUCCUCUUUACAAGACCAGCGGCAUCCACAGACACACGUAGCAGCUGGAACACUCUACAUCUGUCAUGAAUAUGUCAUUGAUUUACUGUUUACACUUCAGAUUAAGGAACAGAGUGUGAAAUGCAGACAGAUUGGGCGUGAGUGGGAUCUGUCAAAUUGCAAAGUGUUUAUUAGUAAAUGGAACAGCAUUGAAGAAAAGGUGAAAUAUUUUUAGCAUGCUUAAGUCACUCUUCUGAAGUGAUGUUUAAAUACCACGUACUAUAAUCUUCUUUAUUUAAGCUCUAAUAUUGUGUGGCCAGGUUUGAAUUUGUUCAGUAGCUACAAACUUAACUACAAAGCUGCUUGGUCUGUUUAAAAAUGUAGAUUCUAAGGGCAGGAGAAAAGCGUGACAUUUCUGAUGGAACAGUAUCUUCCUGGCAGUGUUUGACAGUUUUCAGAUCUCAUCAAAUACAUUCAGUGGAGCUGCUCCACUUCUGUCACUGCCUCUGUUCUGCCCCCCUGAUGAGUGUAUCAGCUGUAUGGAUGAUAGACAGACAGAUACACUCAUUUUUCUUUCUGUCUCUUUUUCUCUCUGCCUCUGAGGACUGGAGCUCUGACACCUGCCUCCCAGACACACACUUUGGAGCAAUAACAUAAAAAAUGGAUGUAAAUCAGAGGAACGUUGCCUAAGAGAAGUAGCUAUUAAACUAAAAUAUUUUCUCAUAUUAUACAAAUAGUAAGAGUACUUAAGCAUAUCCUGAUAUGAUACUGUUUAGUUGUGCAUUUUAAUAAUUUCCUGCAAAAGCUUACACACAGAAAUGCCCAACUUUGACCCAUUAAAGGGCACAGAAUAUUAUUAAACCAGAUAAAGUAGCACUAGUUAAUUGUGCGAAGUAUCGUUUCAUCCUUUCAUGAAUUUGCAAUAGACAUAUUAUGAACAGAUUUUUUUUUUUCUUUGAGCUUUAGAAAGUAGGUCUAAUGCUCCCUCGCCCCCUCAACAGUCUGCUCUUGUCUGAACUGUUGCAUACACAGGCAACAAACAGAAGACCCCACGGUUUUAGAUACUCACUGCUUCAUGUCAUUUAUUUUGCCCAUGCAAAGGGAGAUUUGAGUUUCGCUAAUGUAGUGACAUCACAAUACCUUGAUGAAGGAUAAUAACACCAUGAAGCCAUAUGUAGGUCUUUAAUUCAAUAAAUCAUUCACUAAAACGAACCUGUUUUUUAUCAGGCAAUACUAAUUUUACUGCCAGAUUAUCACAAUAUGUGUCUGGGUGGUGGAUGUCUUCAGUUUUUGAAGAGACUCAUUUUACUUUAAAGUGUAUAAAAACAUUUAUAUUUUGCUGAUGAACGAAUUUCAAAAUACAAGCUGUGACAACUACAAUACUGUUGAGACUAGUUUAAUAUACAAAUUUGUAACAUGAUAUUAAAACUGAGACUCUGCCGCCAUCUGCAGGCGACUAUAUGUAAUCGCAUGAAUAUUUUCCCCUUAUACUGUAUAUGAUAAUUUACAUAAAGCUUAUUACCUGCCAUAUGCUCUAGAUUAUUUUACAUAGAGCAAAUUGUGACUGUUAGCUUAAGAAAGAUUAAGAAAAAUUCAAAUAACAAUAACACUGAUGUAUAAAAAAUUGUUUAGUAGAGGGUUUAACUCGUUCGGAUUCAAUUUUAGGAAACAAAAGAUUAAAUAUAGGAACAAUUUUUAUUUUUUAUUUUUUUCAAACUGUUAAAGACCGACUGGAAAUUGGAUAGGCCAUACAAUCUAUAUUCAAAGUGCCAUGCUUUUUGGUGACACAUUUCUUGUUAAUUAUUUGUAUUUAUGACCAAUAAAUCUUAUUAAGAGAUUAGGAAUUAUACCGUUGAAAAAAUUUCUCUCUUGUGAACUAGCAGAUCUGUGUGAUCUAUGCAUGCCUCUCCUUAAAAACUUGCCAAACACACUUGUUCUUGUGUAAAUCUCUUUUCAUGUCUUUAAAGCGUACUGCGGGGUUGGAUUAAAAAACAAAACAAAACAAAAACAUUAUCCAGGAUUUAAAUCCUUAUGAAUAAGAGCCAUAAAUAUGUGUGCACGGUUACCUGCUGGUGUGAUGUGCUUAUUUUUAAAAAAAAAGUGAUUUUCAGAACUAGGUCUAUUAUUUAAAAAAAGAUUUUUCUCUUCCAAUGGACUAAUGUGUUUGCUGAUAUUUAAUUACAUUUGUUUAUUUAUUUGUUUUUUUUAUUUAUUUAUUUAUUACAGUGUUUUUCUUUAGCCUUAAUACUGUCUCAAUUCUGACGCACAAAUCCAGUGAUGACUGGAGUUUUCUUUUCUUUUUUCUUUUUUUUGUUACAGAAUAUGUCACAGAAAUUUAUAAUAUCUUGUGUUCUGGUCUCUGAUAUAUUUUUCACUCUGCCUGCUAAUAAAGAAAAAAAAAUCCAUAAUCCACAGUGCCACAGCUGACAUGUAGACAAGAAGCUUCGAACAUAAAAGGUGUGUCAGAUAACGUAUCCUGUGAUUAGAUUGUUUUAAUUUUCUAAUUUUUUUUUAUAGAUUUUUUUUUAACUUAAGACAGACAUAGUCACCUGCUAUAUAUAGAUGGCAUGCACUUUGUGUGUGUGUGUGUGUGUGUGUGUGUGUGUGUGUGUGAGAGAGAGAGAGAGAGAGAGAGAGAGAAAGAUUUUGGACAGAUCAUGGUUUUAUCUGUACAACUACUUCAUCCAA